UCAUGAAUGUCUUCACUCUUCCUCCUACUUGAAGAUGAAAGCUUCCAUUCUCCCCAUUUACCCAACCCCUCUCCCCAAAGCCCCUCUUUUCUCUCUUCCAAUGGCUUCAAUCCCUACACUAUCUCCAACCCUACCCACACUUUCUCCUCACUCUUCACCCCAUUCAAGCCCCAACCACUGCACGCUCCCUCCCACCUCCCUCUUCGGCACCAGGAUCACCCUCCCACGCGCCGCCAUCUCAUCCUUCCGUUCCCUCCCCAACACCAAUUGCCGCGCCACGUCAGCCACCGUCUCCUUCAGCCUCCCCAACCCGAAACCCCAUUCGGGCGCGACCGAGAAAACCCCAAAGUGGUCGGCGAGGGCCAUAAAGUCGUUUGCAAUGGGGGAAUUGGAAGCGAGGAAGCUCAAGUAUCCAAACACGGGAACCGAGGCACUUCUAAUGGGGAUUUUGGUUGAAGGAACAAGUAAAGCCGCAAAAUUUUUAAGAGCUAAUGGAAUUACUCUUUUCAAAGUACGUGAAGAAAUCAUGGAGCUACUUGGGAAAUCUGAUAUGUAUUUCUUCAGCCCUGAGCACCCUCCAUUGACUGAACCAGCCCAGAAAGCCCUUGAUUGGGCAAUUGAGGAGAAAUUGAAGUCAGGUGAAGGAGGAGAAAUAAACGUGACACACAUACUUCUAGGAAUUUGGUCACAAAAAGAAUCAGCAGGUCAACAGAUUUUGGUUACUCUAGGUUUCAAUGAUGAAAAAGCCAAAGAACUUGCUAAAACAAUUGAUGGAGAUGUUGAUUUGAGUUUCAAAAGGCAAGCGUAAGAAAUUUCUUGCAAUGAUGGUUGGUUGACACAUGUUGACCCUUGGGGUAGCAAGUUCCUCUUGAGAAAAUUAACUACACUCCCUCAAGUUAUGUUAUUUCAGACAGUGUUGUACACCAUUUUGGAAAUGAUGCAAUUCUUAUUCUUUUUUAAUUUAUACAAAUUUUGUGGAAAUCAAUUUUUAAGCAGUGUGUGAUGGUGGAAUUGCAGUCACCCACUGCAUCUUCCGUGUAACUUAUCACACUUUUGAAUUGUAUCUGUAUCAUUUUCCUAACAGCGACACUUUUUAUUCUGAAAUUAGGUAUAAUGGUCCUCGAAAAGAUCUUAUGAUCUGUGAAA